AUGAUUUUUGGAGGAGCUGAAGUAAAUGAGGUGACAUUUACGGCUCCAAGGAAGAUGAAUAUAUUGGUCACUCAUGGAAAGAGGAUCCGGGAAGAAUCAGAGGAUGAUGGAAUUACUUUUAGUGAGGAAGAUGUAGAUGGCCUAACUUUACCAUACAAUGAUGCUCUAUUGAGUAUCGUGAUUGGUUAUAAUGUAGUGGUAGUUCCAAAACUGAAUAAUAAGUUUAGAAUGUGUAUUGAUUUUAAAGAUUUGAAUAAGGCUUGCCUUGAAAACUCUUUUCCAUUGCUGAAUAUCGAUCAAAUGAUUGAUGCCAAAACUGAUCAUGAGUUGAUGGGUUUUCUUGAUGCGUAUUCCGGGUGUAAUCAAAUAAGGAUGCACACGGAUGAUCAAGAGAAAAUAUCAUUUAUUACUAAUUUCGGUGCUUAUUGUUACAAUGUGAUGCCUUUUGGGCUCAAAAAUGCUGGAGCCACCUACCAGAGGCUAGUGAACAAGAUGUUUGAGCGUCAAAUUGGUAAAACUAUGGAAGUUUAUAUUGAUGACAUGUUGGUUAAGUCUCUUAAUAUAGGGGAUCAUUUGCUUCAUCUGCAAGAAACAUUUGACGUCUUAAGGAAUUACAAUAUGAAGCUUAACCCGGAGAAAUAUGCUUUUUGA